GCGGAACAGGCAGCAGGACUCCAAAGAAAAAUCAGAGGGCUCCAAGAACAUCUGGGGGAAAACAUGGACUCUGAAGAAGGAGGAGAGAUGACCGACUCCACCUCCAGCUCAGGCACUUCCCUGAAAAGGAAAACGCAGACGGAAGGCUCAGAGGAAACGGAACAACAAGAACAGCAGGGUAAGAGAGUGCAGUCCGGCAGCGGGACUCGGCCAAGCGAAGAGAGUAAGUCAUCCAAACCAACAUUGUCAGGCAACAGCCAAAAAGGCAGUUCAAAGCAGCAGACGGAAGCGGAGGGCGAAUCAAUGGAAAUUGCACAGAAAACACCCCUAGACAGUUCGAAAAGCGGCGGGAAUAGUAAGCGCACCAUGAGAAACCACGGUCCAAUGACCGAGGAGGAAAUAAAGGAGGCGGAGGACGAUCAACGCGAUCUCCCAAUGGAAGGGACCUCCUCAGACGAAUCAGCUGACAAUGAGGAGGAGGGAGGGGAGGGAGAGGAGGAAGAGGAAGGAGAGGACACAGUGGAACAAUGCGUCCAAUUCGUGGAACAGCUGGAAUGGGGAAGAAAAAUAGAAUGCAAGGUGCGACUGGCCCACCACAAACAUCUGCAUAACUUGCGGCAGGCCACACAGGCAACAGGGGACAUCUUGUCUGAAAAUCGCUAUGAGCUGCUGAAAAGGGAUGAGGAGCUAAACGAGUUUUAUGCAGCCCAGUAUGCACGGAAGUCACGUACCAACAAAAACGAAAUCCACAUGCAGGAAGAGGAAUACAACAAAUGUUUUCAAUGGCCAAAGUCCUAUCAUCACAAGGACAACAAACACAACAACAGAAAACGCAAAGCACGGGAAGAGGCGGACCAGGGAAGCGAGGUGGAGCAGGCUCAGGACUCUCAAGAGCUACGGGCAGAGACCGAGGAGAUGACUGAUGAGACAGAGGAGAACGCCAAGGAAGAACUGCAGAGGCAAGCAACGAUUUUGGAAGCCCAAGUCAAUGCUCUGAAGGACCAGAACCGAGAAUUUGAGGAGGCAACGAUCAAUCUGCAAAAAAUAGCACAGGGACAACAACGAGAAAUAGAGGCAGCGGCAAGAUUGGACGAAAAGAAUGGGGUCAAGCAAAGAGUAGUCCUCCCAUGUCGCUGGAACGAGAAACACUCAGACUGGGAGGUCGCAAUCCACCGCUUGCUUGAACUCAUCAACAUGAAGGUGAGUGCUUGCACAGAGGAGGACUUCCGAAACCUGAUUAGAAGACUUACCUACGACGGUUCACGUUCUGGGAGGAAAGGACCUAGCAGCAAAAGAGGGGGACACCGGGAGCGGGAACUAGUCGAUCAACUUCAGGCCAAUAUUGUUGGUCCUGCAGGAAGGGGCAGCACUCAAGGGCGAUCUGGUAUGGAUGUCGUGGCAGGUGGUAAAGACCAUACCAUAUGGUCUACUGGGAGGACAGAAAGCCGCAUAAUGGUUUACUGCCCCAAUGGGUUCCAACAACGAGCACAGAUGGUGGACAGCCUACCCACACUCUUAGACCCUGCCAGGCACCUCAUCAUAGUAGGCGACUGGAAUGCCACUUUAGACCCUAACCUGGAUAGGAUGUCAGGGGGCAAUAGGCAAGGUGAAGGAGUGGCAGGAGAGGAGGCCCUUCCAAUCCACAACAUGAUGGCGGCCAGUGAUCUGAUAGAUCCCUGUAGAUUAUUUUUCCCAGAGGAGAGACAAUUUACUUAUUACAAGAGGAACCGUGGUCGGCAGGCGUCACGAAUCGACUACUUCCUGACCUCACUUGACGUUACUGGCAUGAGUCAUGCAGUGGGAAUAGGAGAGUUACCUUAUAUGGCAGACCUCGAUCACAAGCACAUCUACCUAUACUUAAUCACAGAGAAGCAAUGUACUAGGGGUAUGAGCUCUUACAAAUUGAAUAACUCGCUAAUCCAGACUACCGAACUGAGACAGGCAGUCCUACAAGUUUGCUUAUCUUAUAACCCGGAGACGCAGUCCUUCCUGGAUCUGAUGAACUCUCUAUCCAAGGCGACGGCGGCGGCGUCGAGACAGCUGGCUAUCAAAAGGAAGAGGAGAGAGCAUGAGCUCCAGCAAGCCAUCAGAAUGGCAGAGAAAAAACACAUCAGGCACGCCAGCACGGACGUGUAUGAAAGGACUUUGGAGGCAGCAAGAUCAGAACUAGGGGAUUGGGAAAGAUGGAGAACCCGGGGCUUGCAAUUGAGGGCUAGAGUGAAGGAGUGGGAAGAGGGGGAAAGAAUGACGAAGUUCUUCUUCCAGAAAACUAAGAACGGGGGCAGAAAUGCUUUGAUAGAAAAAUUGGAGGGUCCGCAAGGGCUGACAACCAGCACAGAAGGAAUGGUAGUGAUAGCUCGGAAUUUCUACAGCAACCUCUACAAGUCAAGGGAAGGUGAACAUCCAAGGCAGCAAGUGGAGAGGGCACGGUCUAAGUUCUUGGUGUAUCUUGAGCCUACAAUCUCGCAGGCACAAGCUGCAAAGCUUGAGGCCCCUCUAUCGCAGGAGGAGCUCCUGGAGACCCUCAAGUCCAUGUCACCUAAUAAGACCCCCGGAAGAGAUGGAUUGACUAAGGAGUUUUGGCUGGAAUUCUGGCCAAUCCUAGGCAGUGAGUAUGUAACCUUCCUCGAGCAAGCAUGGCAAAGGGAGGAGCUAGGACAAGACCUGGCCACGGGAAUUGUCACGCUCCUAUAUAAAAAGGGUAACCCGGCGGAUAUCCGAAAUUACAGGCCAAUAACUCUUCUCACGCUGACACACAAGAUAGUGGUUAAGGCCCUCGCAAACAGGCUUCGCGGGGUCACGGAAGGGUGCUUCCAUCUAGAUCAAACAGGCUUUAUCCCUAGGCGUUUCAUCCUCGAUAACGUCAUGACAUUGACGGAAUCGGUGCGCUACAUUAGAGACAAAAGGAUUAACGCGGCAAUCCUCUUUUUCGACUUUGAAAAGGCUUAUGACCAGGUGAACUGGAGCUUCCUACAGCAGUGCAUGGAAAGGAUGGGAGGAGGCCCGAAUUUUCGAAAAUGGAUCAAAGUUCUAUAUAAUGAUGCACACGGGCAGGUGCAAGUCAACGAUUAUCUUUCAGCAGAAUAUAAGAUGUCGAGCAGCUGGGCCAAGGUAGGUACGGAGGAGGGCAUAAGGGCAACCUCCUAUUGGAGCCAAAUGGUCAAGCUUUGGAAGAACAUCUUCCCAGCAAGAGUCAGGGACCUGCGCACAAGAGAAGAGGUUCUGCGCCAACACUUAUUUUGCAACCCAGGAAUCAAGAACGCCCAGGGAAAACCAUUUACCCUCACAACAAGGGACACCAAAUGGGGCAAAUGGGUGGAACAUGGGGUGUGGCAAAUCAAGCACCUCUGGAAGGACAGUAAUCGGCGAUGGAAGACAAGCAGAGAGCUCAGAACGCAGCUGAAGGGAAGCCACAAAUUACAAGAACAUCUUAACGACAUGGUCCAGGCCAUACCACAGGAAUGGACAAGUCUCCUCCGAAAUGAGUCCCAAUGGGGACUAGGGGACUGGGCCACAUGGAAGCAGGAUGAGGAACCACAGGCUGCAUUCAGAAUCUGGAACCAGGAACCUGAGAGGAAGGAAUGGGUGGUUGCAGAUACGUAUGAGAUCAAGCGCCCUAGGAAUACCACUAGCCAAUUGGACCAGACAACUAAAACUCCGAUCACUAUCCAACUGCAACAGCUGUGCAAAGUAAGGGUGGUAGAAUCUGACGAUUUCACAAUCUACAGCCCAACCACGCCUUUGGUGGAUUUGGAGGUGGACCCCGCAGAAUGGGCAUGGAAUCUGUGAGGAGGAAGAACUGGGUUGGCCAGAAGAAUCAACAUUCUAAACUAUA